UGAGAAGAGAUUGCUGUUAGUGACCCCCCCAUCUUAGUGUCCCAGAGAGGAGCAGGAUUUGCACACCCCUUAUCCAGAAGCUCUACAGCCGACAGGCUCUGCCUCUCAAACAGUCAUGAAGCUUCUCUCUUGGAUGAGUGCCAUGACCCUCCUGCUCUCCUUCAGCGGCGCGGAGCUCCACAGACAGACCAGGCAGGUCUCAGCAGGGACCCAGCCAGGCUUGUGUCGCUAUGGGUGGAGAUUGGACUGCUGCUACGGCUGGAAGAAGAACAGCAAAGGGUUCUGUGAAGCCCAGUGCGAACAUGGAUGCAAGCAUGGAGAAUGUGUGGGGCCCAACAAAUGCAAGUGUUUCCCAGGAUACACCGGGAAGACAUGCAGCCAAGAUCUGAACGAGUGCGGCCUGAAGCCACGACCAUGCGAGCAUCGCUGCAUGAACACCCACGGCAGCUACAUGUGCUACUGCCUGAAUGGAUACAUGCUCAUGGCCGACGGCUCCUGUGCUGACUCCAGGACUUGCUUGCUGGCUCACUGCCAGUACGGCUGCGAGGAGGUCCAGGGACAUACCCGCUGCCUCUGCCCCUCAUUGGGCCUGCAGCUGGCCCCAGACCAGAGAACCUGUGUCGACAUUGAUGAGUGCACAUCCAUGAAGAAUCCCUGUCCUUACAACAGAAGAUGUGUUAACACCUUCGGCAGCUAUUUCUGCAAGUGUCAGAUCGGGUUCGAUCUGAAGUACGUCAACGGCAAAUAUGACUGUGCAGACAUCGACGAAUGUGGCGACGGCAGCCACCGGUGCAGUCUGCAUGCCAGCUGCCUGAACACGCAGGGCUCGUAUAAGUGCAAGUGCAAGGCGGGAUUCAGGGGCAACGGCACUGAGUGCACAGCAAAGCCAUUCUUUCAGCAUUCAUGGGAUGUGGACAGGGGCAGCGCAGAUGAGUUCCUCAAUGCUAUUCCGGACCUGCUGCUGAAAGCACCGCACAGCAAGCUUGACAGUGAGCAGAAAAGGAACCUGAUUCCUGAAUCUGCGUCAACCUCGCGCUCGAAGACUCAUCUUCAGCCUUUUGACUAUGAUGGAGACGUGUACAUCGGAAAUCCUGGCGAGACGGAACCAAACAGCAGACUGCCUGAGAAGGAGGGGCAGGAGGAGCAGGAGGAGGAGCAGGAGACACCAGUCGGUCCUCGGGGAGAUGUCUUCUUUCCUGUGUUUGGCCCACAGUCAGAGGUGAAGGAGAUUUCCGUGGAUCCUGGAAAGGAAGAAGCCAUUAUGGACUGUGACUUUGAUCAAGGAACAUGUGAAUGGGUACAGGACAAGGAAGAUGACUUUGACUGGAAUGUGGCUUACCAUGAUAAAGGUCCUGGAUACUACAUGGCUGCCAGCCUCCUGGGGCAGAGGAAAGACGUCGCGCGGCUGAAGCUGCUGCUCAAUCAUGGCGCACAGAGAGCUGCCUUAUGCCUGGCCUUUAAUUACCGUCUGGUGGGCGAGCAGGUGGGCACCCUGCGUGUGCUACUGGACAACAGCGGCUACCCGGCGUGGGAGCAGCGGAGCAGCCGCGGACGGGCCUGGCAAACCGAGCUUCUCACCGUGGCCUGGGAGGACGAGCCCCCCCAGUCGAUCAUCUUCGAGGCAGAGCGUGGCAAAGGUGUCAGCGGCGAGAUUGGCCUGGACAACGUGACGCUCACGCCAGGCUCCUGUGAGGAACACGACUCUGUUAUCUUUUAAGCAGCCCAACCGGUGACACCUACAGGCACUGCCGCUCAUAGAGCACACACACACAAACACAGUCGCAUGCACACACACAAACACACACGCACACACACACACACGCAGACACAAACACAGACACACACACCUCUACAAGCAUCACUGAGCCUGGUGAGAGGUCCAGGACAGUGGGCCAUAUCUCAGUGAUUAUGAGUUCUCCACUGAACACACACACAGUACCGAUUCUGAUUCCACAGCAGCUGUUCCAAUUACAGAUGGCAUGGGUGUAUAAUUAGCUUGAAAAGGCCAUUUUAAUGACCUCAUAGUCCAUUAAGGGGCAAGACAUCUGUAAAGCACACCAACCAAACACACACUAAACUGUCCAACGAGUAUACAUUUGAUAAUACUUAAAUAAUGUUAACUGUAUUAAAGACUCACGAUAAGUUAGGACAUUAAAUGCCUUUAACAACAAUCAUCGUGAAUUGUGAUGAUAAAAUUCUGUUAUGUGGAGCAGAAUGUUCAGCUUGUGUAGAGCAGUAAAUGCAAGAACAGGGAAAUUAACACUAGAUUUUUCCUGGCUGCUUUUGAAGGGUUUUUAUGUUAAUUUUGUUUGUUUUAUUGUAUUAAUAUUAUAACAAUGCAGCAGUUGUAAAGUACACUUUCAUACUGUAUUACAAUAAAUGUUUUUGUUUUUCUAAGUA